GGCGGCAACGUUCGCGAUCAAACUCUUCUCCAGAGGAGACAAUCGAAGUCCGCACUAGAAUCUUAGACCUCGACCAUCAGGAGAUAACUGACUCACAAAGUGUUGGAGUCCAUCAGCCUCACCCCGACAUGUCAGGAACUCCUAGCAUCUCCGCAGCGAGAAAUGAUAGAAAUAUCAAUGUGAAUUGUCUACGAGAACGUCAUCGGAAAAUAAUUACUAAUCAUCAAUUCAGAGCCCCCAGUCUUACAAGAGCGACGAAGAUCCGCCUCGGAAGUACAGACUCACGGAGAGAGACCAUGCCAAAGCGCGUGAAUCCAGCUCAGAUGACGACAGAACGGACUAUGAUCUCGAUGGUGAUGCCGCGGGAUCUGUCAUGUCUCUGCACUCCGGGAAUCCGGCCGUCGCGCCGUCAUCUUUUUGUCAACGACCAUGGGCCGGAUUUGACAAAGAGGCGCGCUCCCAAUGGGAAACCAUGUACGCAAAUGUGAUGAGUGUUCCACUAGGAGGUAGCUGGGAACGUACAGAAGACUACCAACGUGAGAAGGAUAAUGAGAUGCGCAGAUACCUUGAGGAAUAUCCACUCGAUAGCUGGGUGAUUGCUCCCUCAGCCGCCAGACAAGCUUCGAGUGCACUGCAAGAACGUGAUCGCUGCAGGUCACUUGGACUAUCGAUAUUUGGUCAUAUGAUGCCAUCAGAUACAAGCAAUUUUAUUGCACACAAAGGGCACAAUGUUGUCAAUCUGGCAGCUGCGACUCCACGGGUCAACACGGCUCAAGCUUUCGCAGAGUCUCAACGUUCACGAACAACUCCAUCAGUUGGAUAUGGUAUCGCGCCUCACUGUUCCUCAUGGCAUCAAACCAUUUUAGACCCCGAAGGUCGUCCACAGCAUACAGCAACUCAGCCAUAUCAGGAAGGCAGACAUGAUGCGAAUUCCUUCCCGUGGUCAGCUCCUGCACCUCGCGGACGAAUCGCCAAAGGCAAAGGGCCCUCACUGCAUUCCCCAUCGUUUCCUGCUCGCGGAUUGACGCCACCGUACGAAGUCCGCACAAGACCAAUCAUCGAACCGCGCAAGAUUACGUCCAAAUCAAGCAAGAAGCCUGCGCGUCGAAUGGCUGACGCUGAGGAAUAUCCUUGGUGUCGGCCGCUUGACUUUAAGGCAGCAAAUUCUCGUGCAAGCUGGGACGAUGGAAUAUACGAUGGCGCGACUUUACGAGCGAUGGAGGAUAUCAGGGCUCAUAACGGUCCGAUCAUUGAAGAUAUCGAUACAAGGCUGGCAGAGCAGCAAAGUGUGUGCACAUUGACAUUUCUCGCUUCAUUUAGAUCACUGAUCAUGAUUUGAUAGGACUUGCUCGUCUCGCCCGGAAGAAGAAACUUGACGAACUUGGCGAGAAUCUUGACAAUGAAGAUCUCCCGCCAACCUUAGCUAAGCAGAAUGGACCAAAGAAGAAAGAUAGCGCAACAGGCGGUGACGCAUACCAUUCUGGUAACUUCAUGUAUGCCACAAGCCGGGACAGUAAAAGGGCAGCAGAUCUCGGAUAUGGCCACCCGGAUGACUUCAUCAGCGCUGUGGAGGCAGACUUGGUGAAUCUGAACGAUGCCUUCUCUGUUAAGAUUACUUGGAACCCUGGAACAAAAGCCAUGACAGCAGAUCUGCGGCAGGCCGUCUUCUCUGUCAGAGAUACGGUACUGACCCGGCGGCAAUUGCAAUCUCAACCAAUCCUCACGCGUCGGGCGGCCGAGUGCAUUAUCGACUUCUGUCCU